AUGGCCGUCACUCCCACGCGGGGCCGCCGAGGGGCCGCGCCACUGCUGGCAGGCCCGGGGCGCGACAGAGCCCGGCGCACACUGCGUGCCCAGCCAGCGCACCGCGAGAGGGGCGGGCAGCAUCUUGCGCCGUCAGCCGGGCGGGGUAAGGAGGAGGAGGAGGAGGAGGAGGAGGAGGAGGAGGAGGAGCAUAGGGAUAGAGACUGGGCUUCCUCGCCGCCCGUCAGCGACGGGCGGCGCGGAGAGCACGGCUGGUUGCAGGGGCGCUAUGCAUGUUCUCGGCCGUCGGCACGCUCGAACCACAGCAGCAGCCGCUGGCAGCAGCCGCUGGCAGCAGCGGGCCCCCAUCCCCCGUGGCGCUCCAGCUGCGUCGCCGCAGCCGCUGGAGCGUCAAGGGCCGCAUGGCCCCUAUGCCUCGAGCCAUGA